AUGGGACCCAAUGCGCCCCAGCUGCCAGUGCGCUUUCCAUGCUGGUGCCGAGCCGUCUAUUCUUGGGGAGGAGAAACCACUCGAGAUCUUGGAUUUGUGGAGGGCGACUUAAUCGAAUGUCUGAAUGCUGGGGACGGACAAUGGUGGAUGGGUCGGUUGCGCCGCGAUAGGCGCGCCGUUGGACUUUUCCCUUCGAACUUCGUCGAACUCAUGAGCGAAGACUUCGUCCCUAUCAGCCGUGAUACCAGUCCAAUGGUGCUGGCAGGCUCUUCACCCAUCAACAAUCCAACGUCGGCCCCCAAGAAGACAAAGACCGUGUUUCGCAAACCUUUCCAGGCACACAAGGAAGCCCUGUCUCCAGCGUCAGAGCUGGCGAGGAGUGGAUCAAACACUCCUGUAAAGAUCUCCAUCCCUCAAACACCGCCUCGAGAUGGGAGCGCUCCCCGAAGUGUCAAGCCUCUGCGCACCCAUGCAUCUGCGGUCAAGAACCAAGGGUCCCUAUCUCGUCCUUCCUCGGUGUCCUCUCGACCCUCGUCGCGCGGGGUUUCCAUUUCCCCUCGUGCCUCAAUGGAGCCCGAAAGAUCUCCUUCUACCAUGAUGCCCCGCGGUAGCAUCUCCUCUUUGCGCCUCUCCUCCCGCGAAGUUUCACCUGUGCCUCGCGAAGUCUCACCAAUGCAUCCUUCACCGAUGAACCGCGCGGUUUCUCCGAUGCAUCAUCGCGCAGUUUCGCCCAUGCAUCAUCGUCCCAUGAAUCAUCGCCCGGUUUCGCCCAUGUACCAUCGCGAAGUAUCGCCAAUGCAGCGCGAAGUAUCUCCAAUGCAAUUUCAGGAGCGCGAAGAAUCUCCUCCACCGCCAUCCCCUCCGCCGCAUCGAGUCGCGGUUGCUGCGUCGCCUUCACACUCUGCUCAGCCUCUUCCACACUCACAUUCUCCUCAGCCGCCUCGCUCCCCACAGCCACCUAUGCACCAGCAACACCACCUUUUGCGCUCUCCGCAGCCCCUCUUACAUUCUCCGCACCCCUCGCGCUCCCCUACGCCUUUGAAUAUGAAUGACCGCUAUGUGAUAUUCACACGAACCCCGUCUCCCGGUGCACGCUCUACACAUUCCGCUCACUCAGCUGUCUCAGCUCUAUCAGAUGCAAAUGGGAAUACGCCCUCCCCGUUGAGGGAUGCGAUGGAAGACGUUAUGACCUCUUUAGAAGAUAUGGGCCUUCCUCGCCAACCUCCUUCUCCCUCUCCUCGACAAGCUCCCUCGCCUUCACCUCCCCCGCCAACGUUCAACAACCCGUGGUCAGCGGAAGAUUAUGAUGAUAUGAAUGAUAGAACACCCCCUGCCACUCGCAGACGGCCUGUAACGUCACUCGGCUUCGAUGGUCAUAAGGAGCAACCCCGCGGGGUCCCCUUACACCGCAAUAGCGUCUAUUCGCAUGAUCACUAUAACGAUGGCCCUCCUCAGCUUAAUAAUUAUGUGCAAAGGAUGGAGAGUCGUUUGCGACAGUUGGAGGAUCAAAAUAGACCGCCUGAGGACGAGGGAGGUGACGGUCAGCCUCCUCCGCCGCCUCCCAAACAUGCAACCUAUCAUCCUCGACAUAAUUCCAUUGCGGGGCAGUAUCCCCAGGUACGGUCUCGUCGAUCUGGCCAAGACCUUCGGGGCGAUAUACUCAAUCGAUCGUUCACCAACAAGUCAAGCGCUACCAGCUCCAGUGGUGUGCAGAGUAUUGGGACCAACAUGACUAGCAGUACGGAUAAGACGAGCCAGAGCUUGAUGAGCGGUAUUUCCGCUGGCGGUUUUAGUGCGACCAGUGCCGGUAGCUACGCUAGACGAAAUGGCGCCUACGAGCGGCCGAACACAGCCAUGGAUACUGUCCGCUCUCGGGGUUUCAGUGACGCCGGGAACCUUGAUAGGCCGGAGACCCCUCUCACUGGUAUCUCCUACCACUCCAGCCACAACACGUCUCGCCAAGGGGCCUCGUCUGCUAUUCCUUGGUCCGCUGCAGAUGCCGAUGCCGGAGACUCGGGUGGAGUGUUUGGUGGUCUUUCUACUCCCAAGACCAAAAAGCAAGGGUUCUUCAAGAAGAUACUCGAGUCUGCCAAGACGGGGGCUGCAAGUGCGAGAAGCAGCAUCUCCGUUGGCCAUACUGGUGGUUCUCACUCUCCGACCAAGGGUAACAGAGUGGCCGACGUUGUGUCGCCCCUCCUCACUUCCAAUUCCACUCGCGAUACUGCUCGGGACAUGGGUACGGGUGCUAGUGCCAUUGAUUGGGUGCAAGUCCGCCGAGAUGUCAACCGGGCAUCAUCACCUAGUCGAAACGAGAGAAUUGAAAGAGCAGAACGGUGCCAGAUGAUGGAUCAUCCAGUGAUCUAUGCUAUUGAGGAACUAUACGACACUGCUGAGGGUGAUGAGGGUAUCGAUGGACUGCCGAUCAGUGAGCCCACAAACUUCAAUGCUGGAAAUAUGAGUCUUGUCGACAAGAGCGCGCGGUUUAUUAAUAGCAUUCCGCCACUCACAAACCCAGUGGGCCUUGCCCAGGGCUACAUCUGCCGACCGUACAAGAGCGAUGUUCAGCGUCUUCGUGCCAUUUUUACCUGGGUCAGCGAGAAGAUUGCCUGGGAGGAGCCCGUCGAUGGCUUGGAGGCUGACAUGAAGCGAGUGCUGCAGGCCAAGCGUGGUAGCCCUCAAGAAAUCGCUCUUUUGGUGAACGAAAUGUGCGCCGCGGUUGGCCUCCAUGCAGAGACUAUUUGCGGCUUUCUCAAAGAUCCUGGUGACUCUCUCGACUUGGACAGCCUUUCUCGUCCUAACCACUGGUGGAACGCGGUUCUGGUCGAUGGGGAGUGGCGCAUCAUGGACUGUGCACUGGCAAACCCCACCAAUCCCCAGCGAAGCCGAUUCGUCACCAACAACAUGUCAAUAGCAGAGAGUUGGUACUUCCUUGCCCGGCCUCUGGACAUAUGCUAUACCCAUGUGCCUCUUUAUCCCGAGGAGCAGCACAUCUGCCCCCCGGUCUCCCCCGACGUACUAUUAGCUCUUCCGGGGGUGUGUCCACAAUACUUCAAGCUCGGGGCGCAGUUCCCAGACUACGACACGAGCUUAACGCGCGUCGAGGGCCUGGAGUGCGUGCAGAUUCGUCUGUUGGUUCCUCCUGACGUGGAAUGCGCUGCCGAGGUCGAGGCGCCAGCGUUCGCCUGCGAUGCAGACGGGGACUUCUUCGAAAGCGGUGACACGGUGCGCAAGCGCGCUCUCGUCCAGCCAGACUGGUUCCGGGGGCAGAAGCGGAUUACUAUCAAGGCUGUCCUGCCAGGUGACGAAGGACAAGGUGUGUUGAAAGUCUAUGCCGGCAAGAAAGGCCUCAUGCACACCAGUCGCGAUAUCCCGCAUCCAAUGGCUCUGGCUCUUCCGAUAAUGCAUACUGGGGAAAACCCGCCAUACGACUUUGUCCUUCGUCACCCCACGCCACACGCCCAACGCCAUGAUUUAUACAUCAUGCAGCCGCAGUGCUCCCGUCUGGCGGUCAACAACACCUUUGUCUUCGCCGUCCGACAGCAUCCCGCUGCGCCGCAACCCCCGCCCAAGGAUGACUAUGCGGGUAACGGGCGUGCCUCCCCAUCGGUGUUCACCCGUCCAGCCAGCGCGCUCAGUAUGGUGUCCAGCACCGCGGGUGCAUCGACUAUCUCGAGCAACUCGAACGAGUUCUCUGCCUCGACGUCUGCUAUCUCAUCAACCAGGUCUGCGUCUGGGCGAGAUAAGCCCGCGAAGCUCGCUAUCCAGGCCCCGUCUGGCAAGAUACUCCGUCUGACUCGGAAGGCAGACCAUAUGGUUCCCUCGCCCGAUCCCAAUGGCUGCUCCGUCACCGAUGCCCCUGCUGAGGGGAGCGUUUGGGAGACGGUCAUUAAGAUUGGCGAGCGGGGCACCUGGCGCGGUCUAGUCCUGGCCGAUCGUGUGGCGCGGUGGUGUGUUUUUUGCGAAUGGGAAUGUGUUUGA